AAAAAAAAAAAAAAAGGGCAAACACCGAGGGAAACAAUAAAACGUGCCCCUCCACUGCCCUACAGCUUAGGAGCAACCACACUCGUUCAAACGAUCUACCCGUCCAAGCGGCUGUCAGUGCUUAUCGCCUUUUUUUAUCACGAACCUGUCAACCCAGACGACGGCGUGGUUUAGAUAUAAAUAAAGUAACGUUGCGACGCGCUAGUAGGCGGAUAGAGAGGGAAGGAGAUCAAGGAGACCCGGAUCUUGGGGCAGCUUUGGCCUAUUCUUGAGCCUCCCACCCGUCCAACUUUCCGGCACCUGGCUGUCUACUAGCUGCCUAUUACGGGAGUAGCUGCGCCUCUAUCUAGAUUCUAGAUAGGACGUCUUCGGUCUUCCAACUUCUAGUUCGCCUUGCCACGAGGUCACAAACCCAGCAAACCCAGCAACUGCAGUUGGAGUUGUCGGAGACGAACAACCCACCUUGGCGCCGAAUCAGCCGGCUUAUUGUUGCACUUCUAAGACGCGUGCACGCCGAGGACCACUAGAGAAGAUCCUAAUAAGAAUUCGGCAUCCCGCUCCUAGACAUUCAUUAAUACCUACAUACUACGCCCUUCUCUUCGUUCUGCUUCUUGCCUCUUGUUUUUUCUUGUCCCCUUCGCCUUCGUGUUUCCCCACUCGACGCCACCAUGUUGUCGAACGUCAUUCUUUCAUUUUUCUUGCUUACCGCCACGUCCGUUCACGCAAUUUGGCCAAUUCCCACAACCGUGAGCACGGGUAACUCUACUCUAUGGAUAGGAGAGCACCUUGCUGUUACCUAUAACGGAGACCAUAUCCCUUGGACUCGGGAUUAUGUAGCUUCCAAGUUCACCAGUAAAGAGAUUGUAAAGGGAGGUGUAUCACGUGCGCUCAAGAGCAUCUUGGACUACAACUUUGUCCCGUGGAAGUUAUACCCACGCAUGCAACUUGAGAAGACGGAACCGCAAAUCUGGAAGCCAAAGACUUACGUGUCCUGCCUCGACAUCAUUCAGAAUGGGACAGACACGGCAAAGACGUUCAAGCCCCUUGCUGGUGAUGUCGACGAGUCAUACAGCUUGACCCUUGGAACUGAUGGGAAGGCUAAGAUCACGGCUGUAUCUUCCACGGGCAUUCUUCGGGGUUUGGAGACCUUCUCGCAACUGUUUUUCGAGCACUCUCAGGGUCCGAUUUACACGAACUUGGCGCCCGUGCAAAUAACAGAUGCUCCCGAGUACGACCAUCGAGGCCUUCUUCUUGACGUCUCAAGGAACUACCUUCCUCUUGAUGCCAUCUAUCGAACUAUCGACGCUCUUUCCUGGAACAAGAUGAACCGGAUCCACAUCCAUGCGACAGAUUCUCAAUCUUGGCCUCUAGAGAUCCCUUCUCUCCCAGAGCUCCACCAGAAGGGCGCGUAUGCUCGUGGAAAGACGUACUCGCCCACGGCUGUGACUGCUAUCCAAACGUAUGCGAUCCAGCGUGGUAUCGAGGUUAUUUUUGAGAUUGAUUCUCCCGGACAUUUCGGCGUAGCGGCUCUUUCGCAUCCGGAGAUAGUUACUGGCUGGGGUGCAGCUCCGUGGUCGUCGUAUUGCGCCGAACCUCCCUGUGGCCAGAUUAGACUUAACGACUCCAACGUGGACCCCUUCCUCGACGAGCUGAUGGAUGAUCUCCUGCCUAGAGUUGCGCCAUACUCGGCCUACUUCCACACAGGUGGUGAUGAGGUGAACUUCAAUGAAUACAACCUUGACCCUUCAGUUGGCACAAACAAUUCGGCAGUAGUCGUGCCUCUCCUACAGAGUUUCAUCGACAAGCAUCACGCAAGAGUUCGCAAAGCCGGUUUGGUACCGAUGGUUUGGGAAGAGAUUCCGGCUAGUUAUAACGUCACCGUCGGGGACGAUGUUGUGAUCCAGUCCUGGCUCGGAGAUGCGGCCAUUAACAAGCUCACCGCCCAAGGCCACAAGGUUAUUACCAGCAAUUACAACUACUGGUAUCUCGACUGUGGUCGCGGACAGUGGCUUAACUUUGCCGAGGACGCGUUUGACGAAGGCUUCCCGUUCAAUGACUGGUGCACGCCAUACAAGAACUGGCGAUUGAUCUACUCAUACGACCCUCGUGGGGGCCUUACAGAUGAGCAGGCGGAGCUAGUAAUAGGCGGCGAGGUCGGUGCAUGGGCUGAGACGAUCGACGAGAUUAACUUAGACAGCAUCUUAUGGCCGCGUGGUAGUGCGGCGGGCGAGGUGCUAUGGUCUGGAAGAGUCGACGCCGCGGGAGAGAAUCGCACGCAACUCGACGCCGCACCGCGCUUAGCUGAGUUCCGAGAACGCUUGGUGGCUCGAGGCAUCAAUGCUGAAGCUGUGCAGAUGACAUACUGCACACAGGGACAAGAUCCCCACACGUGCGAGUUCGUAUAAGGGAAUUCCUCUUGUAAGGGGGACGUUAACACACUCAUCAUCAUCAUCCUUCCCAGGAGAUACAUAAAUUGUUAGGGUCACUUAAGAACACAUAGGAUCCUGCCACCGCCUCAUAUUUGGCGACUUUCUUGUACAUAUUUAGACAUUUUGGGUCAUCAGAAAAACAGGUAAAAUAUGGAGGGCGAACGGAUCUGGAAAGAUCUAGGGCUAAUAAUACAGCGGCAUUGCACCUCGGCUUAACGUUGCUACUUGGUUGUUUCAGCUUGGGAGUGAAACUUGGAAAGGGUGAGAUUAUAGCGGUGUGAUAUCUUACGUUCAGCACGCCGCGUAAGGGAUGCGUUGAUUUAAAGUUGUUGGACUAAUACGUAACACGUAUCGGAACCGUCCGGAUAGUGUCAUCAACGACGAAAGAUGGUAUAGCCGAAGCUAUACUAUACAGCUAGAGUGCCGGCAUCCUAC